AUGACAGACGCCGUGUCCUCGCUCCGGUUCGAGCGCGACUACUACGCGCUCCUUGGGGUCCCCCGUGACGCCACCAGCGACGCCAUCCGCAGCCACUUCCUCUCACUCUCGCGCGAGUUUCACCCGGACCGCCAAUCGCGGCGUCACGAUAACGCAGCGCUCGUUGCAGCGGCCAACGCGCAGUAUGCCGUGCUCGAUCGAGCGUACAAGGUGCUCUUGGACCCCGUGAAGCGGCGCGUGUACGACAUUUAUGGCGAAAAGGGCGUCCAGGCGUUUGAGCACAAUAGCGCCGUGCAGCAACAAGUGGUAGGAGCCCAUUUCGAGUCACCGGAACACGUGCAGCAAUGCGUGGAGAAGAUGCUGUUUCGCAUGAAUCAACAGGCCCUGGAAGCGCAGUUCUCGUCGUUUAGUGAAAUGUCCAUGAACGUUGAUGCGUCCGACUUUGUGCAGGCGCCAAUGCAAGGGCUGCGCAGUUUGUUCCACAGUGGAUCGCGGUUCGUGGACCGCACAGAGAUGACGAUGCAUCAACGUACAGCGUUCGUGCUGUCGCCAAGUACAACGCUCACGCUUGGAGGGUACAUGUAUGACAAGAAGGGGUUGGGUAUGGGUAGUUUCACGACGCAAGUGAUGCAUACGUCGUCUGACCCGAGCGUCCCGUCGUUCACGGUGACGAGCGAGCUGGGCUGGGCGCCAAAGCUUCAGUGCCAAAUCAGUCAGCCAGUAUCGCCGCAGACGGUCUUUAUGCUCGUUCCAGAGCUUGAUGACAAUGGCCUCGAGCUCGCCUUGGGUGCGAAUCGACUGCUGACGCCACAAAUUCACGGUGCAAUGAUGUGGAGUACGCGUGACGGUCUUUCGGGCUCACUCAGCCAGGAUACCGGAACACAGAGUGCCACGGCGGCCGUUGCCGUGAACAGUGGGGGACCCAACUUGACGUUUCAAUUUCGUCGGGCUUUCAUGACUGCAACGACAGCUAAGCUAUCAUUGCGUGCAAAUUUCGCGACGGGCUUGUCGUUUGUGGCGGGAGCUAGCCGCGAACUAUCGAAUCGUACACGACUCGGACUAAAUGUGUUGCUUGCGCGCACAGGUGUGACUCUACGUUUAGGUUUCACUCGCGGAAGUGUCCGCUUCGUCAUGCCCAUCUUCCUGUCUCCAUUCUCUGCGCAGUCAGCUUUCUCUACCUUUUGCGCAGCCACGUCGCCCCUGCUGGUGGCUGCCGUCGUCACCCAGCUUGUCAAGCCGGGCCGAGAACGGCAGCGUCGUUUGGAGCUGGAACGCCGACAUGAUGUGCUCGUGCAGUAUCUUGCUGCAGCGCGACAGAAUGCACUAGAGCAGCAGAAGCUGAUGUCUCGGUGCGCAAAAGAGAAGAUGGAUCAGGAGCGGCAACGACUAGACGGCAGAGGGCUGGUGAUUAUGCUGGGUCGGUACGGCAAGGACCCGACGAGUCCUGAUCCACGCGAAUCCCAUGGGGAUGAUCUAACUGCGGCGCUUCAAGCGAUAGGGAGUUGCGAGGAGACCGGCGAAGAUGGCGUCGAAGUCGAAACCAGCAGCAGGGAACGCACAGCGCAGCAAGACGUCGACGGCGAUGUGCUGGGGCAGAAAUGGAUCGACGUUACGGUUCCUCUCCAGUUCUUUGUCAAGGAUGGAGAGCUGGCCUUAUCUCGCGCAUCGAAGGCUGGACUGCUGGGGUUUUACAAUCCGUGCAUUGGCGCAGACCAAACGAUUGCUGACACACGAUCGCCACCAAGUUCUGCUGCGAAACCGUUACUCUACGUGCGUUACGCGUACGAUGGUCAAGUGUUCGAGGCUACUUUUGAUGAUGACCAAGCGGUCAAUUUGCCAUCCCGGUUUGCUCAGGUCAUGGGGACAGUCGGGAGUGUGUACUAG